GUCUCAUUACGCUAGUCUAGUUUGCCACUCCGCGGUUUAAAGCCACACUGUUUGGCGCUUCUCUCAUACCCAAAGAGCCAAAAAAAAAAGGAGGGUUUUUGCAGAGAGAGAGGUGAUGAUGGAUAUGGAUGAUCCUCUAGAUUUUGAGUUCGAAGACCAACUUAUCAGUUCCUCACUUGUUACCAAGAAAAGGAAGAAGGUUAUUGGGUUGGAUGAUCUUUUGACUGAUUACUACAAAGAGAAAAGCAAAGUUGUUGAGAAGGAAUAUAAACAAGUAAAGAAUCAGAAGAACUACAACUCGGACGAGGAUGUCAAUACCAAAGAAGAAUCGCUUACUAAAGUGAUCAAUCAAUGCGAACAUCAGAUGACAGAAAUAAGUGGUGAGGAAGAGAUGGCCACGUGGGGCAUACGGGUUUUUGGAAAUCAGAAAGUUCCACCACCUCUAGAUUUUCCUGAGCUUCAAAGUUGUGCGCUUUUGCAGUCUUUCAUGAAGAAUGAGCUCAAUUCCCUGUUGGAACUCACUUCAGACAAUGGAAACACUUUCCUUGAAGGUUUGUUAGCAAAUGGCUGGCUUUAUAAACUGGUUUCUACAUGUGGUCAUGUACAAAAAUCAAUAGCCACAUGGACCUUUAAUUUGAUGUUAUAUUCAUCAAAAGAAGAACUAAGGACAUCUGCAUGUGACUUUUGGUGUAGUGUUCUUUCAUCCAAAAAUGAGAAUCUCCUAAUUGAAUGGUCUCCCAGCUAUUUUGAAUUAAGAGGAGCUCUUGAAAUCUAUGGAUUUCAAUUUAAGUUAUCAUCCAACAUAGAAUCUUUGCAUGCUGGCUGUCCUUGCUUCACAUACAGUUCAGGGUGCCAUCUUUUUCUAUUGGAUUCUAAUUGUGGAGGGCCACCUCAAAAUAUUAGAACUUGGAUCAAAUUUGCAGCUGCUUGUUGUUGUGUAAGGAAUAAACAGUCUAUAUUUUCAACAUCAGAAGCUGAAGAGUUAAUUGAAGUCAUUAUUUUUCUGUUCUUGGAUCGCCAACUUCACGGUCUGGUGAUGCUUCUGUACAAAUGUAUGCAAUCGGUAAUCAGUUACUUCACAGAUAAUGAGUGGAAGACCAGCUGUAACAAAAUAGCGAAAUCUCUUGCUUGCAGGGUCCCUAGGGACUUGAACUGCUUGCGAGCUGUGGAAUGCAUUUCAGGAGUUAAUACUCGUAGUAAGCAACUUAGAAGUGCAGUUGCCUAUCAAAUACUUCUCGUUGGUUUUGAUAAUAAGGCUUGUGAUGAAGAAGAGAUCCUACGAUUGCUUAUCUCAAUUAAUGUAAAAGAAAAAGGUUGUGAUCUUUUCAAGAUGUACAUUUACCUGGUUUUGACAGAGAAUUGGCUCUUGGUUAAUCAAAUGCUGGAAAAUAAUGAAGAAAUUAAUGCAAUGUGGGGUCUUUAUCUUCGAAACUGUUCUUACCAAAUUGCCAGCACAGACUUGAGAACUUAUGCAUCAAAGGUCCGUAAUAAGGCUUCAUAUCUUCUACAAGGCACCAUCAACAAAUAGUGUAGAGUAUGUAACUAUGUCAUUGCUUGCUUUGUAAAAAAUUUGCUAGUAUAAAGGCUAACUUCCCACUUGAAAUUGUGGCAUUCAGUAUUUGCAGGAAAUUUGAUUCCGCAAAAUGAAAGUGUGCAAUAGAUCAAAAUCCAAUCUCUUUUGUAAACCAUGAGUUGGCCAGAUUCUAAUGCAGAGGUUUUGAAGAAUGUUGAAAUUUGCCUACUCAUGAUGUCAAAUUCUUCGGGGGUGCCCCCAUUUUUUGUUUUUUGUUUUUUUUUUUCAAUAGCUGUUGGUAAAUGGAACCUACUUUCUGGAUGUAUAUAAUGGUUGACAUUGAGUCAUUACUUAUUACACGUGCUCUCUUUCUCUUGCU